UUCAUUCAGUAGGGGUGCGCUGUUUCCAGCUGAAAACUCCUCUCGUAUCUGAAAACUCGCAACCGCGCGCUUAUUUAAAACCCCAUCAAGUUUUUAACGCAAUGUGACAAAAAUGCUCGUAAUCGCGUUUCAUGCAAGCGGUUGGUAAAAUGGGCGAGGAACAUUAUGAUGAGGACUCUAAAAGUAAUUUUAGUGUGUUGAACGAAACUUUGGACGGGUUUGCUAACGAGACGGUCUCUCCUGACGUACUUUUCCAACAGAACUUGACAGUCAUUCUCGUUUAUAGUGCGCUUUUCGUCGUCGCCGCUGUCGGGAACUUGACUGUUUUUAUUUCCCUGUUCAGGUCGAGACACCGCAAAUCAAGAAUUAGUUUAAUGAUUCGCCAUCUUGCCAUCGCUGAUUUGAUUGUAACUUUUAUUAUGAUUCCAAUCGAGGUUGGCUGGAGAUUGACUGGCAAAUGGAUCGCUGGCAAUGUGGCAUGCAAAGUAUUCUUAUUUCUUCGGGCUUUCGGGCCCUACCUUAGCAGCAACGUGCUUGUGUGCGUGUCCUUGGACCGGUACUUUGCUGUCCUGCACCCGCUCAGAGUCAACGACGCCAGAAGGAGAGGCAAGAUAAUGCUCGCCUUCGCAUGGGGAACGUCGUUCGUUUACUGUAUACCACAGAGCUUUGUGUUUCGGGUGCGGGCACACCCCAAGUACCCGAACUACGAGCAAUGCGUCUCGUUUGGUUUCUUCGAGAACACCGCCCAAGAAAUCGCCUACAAUCUGAUGUGCGUUAUGUGCAUGUAUUUCAUUCCUCUGUUCGUCAUCAUCGUCGCUUACACCGCCAUCAUGUGCGAAAUCUCCAAAAACUCCAAAGAAACCAAGGGAGAGUCAUAUCGUACUUCAAAUGGCAGGAUGAGACUAAGGCGCUCCGAUAUUAGCAAUAUAGAAAGGGCUAGGAGCAGAACCUUAAGGAUGACCAUCACUAUUGUUGCAGUCUAUGUCUGGUGCUGCACACCGUAUGUUAUUAUCACCAUGUGGUACAUGUUUGAUAGAGCAAGCGCCACGAGCCUACCGGAGUGGCUCCAGGACACAUUUUUCAUGAUGGUAGUUUCCAACAGUUGCAUGAACCCCAUAGUUUACGGGAGCUACGUGAUCAAUUUUCAGCGAGUUAACUGCAACUGCUUUUGCUUCAGGAAGACAGCGAGCGAAAGUCAUCUCAACGAUGGAGAGGCGCAGGCGGCGGCAGGGCGGGGAAGGAGUUUAGCGCGGGGAGUUAUAAAAUGCGUCCUCAGAUUGCAGAAAGUGGGCUCGGGGGCCACCAGGAGCACGGCCAUGGUCCAUGGCGCGGGCGGCAACGGGUACACACGCUCACCGACCCCCAAGUCCAACCUGAAUCUAACAGGGCUCCUAAGCAAGAGCCGGUUACCUGACAAACCCCCGAGUGUUGGUCAUAUUUCGUUCCUGAGCGAGCCUCGCACCGCCAGGAAUUACAGAUCGAGUUUUCAUAGCGAGCCGUGCUCAAGAACUCGAAUGUGCCCGGAUGAACUUUGUCUCGACACUUCAUGCCACAGCGCUGAUUAUUACAGUUCUGCUGUUUUAUAGGAACAGGAGAUGUCACCCAAGUGUGACAUCAAAAUGGGCAUUAAUGGUGCAGUGGCGCUGUAUAGUUUUGAACCCAGGUCGCGGAAUAUUUAGUGGUUGGAGGAGGGACAAGUGCCUGAGAAGUGGACACGGGAAUACAUGUGCUGAUUUCAUAACAGGGUUUGGACAUGUACAUAGUCGAUUUUUUAUUUUUCUAUUUGUUAAUUCAUGUUUCAUUAGGCAGGUAAUUAACUACUCACUGUUUAAACUAAAUAUCAAACAAGGACCGACAACUGGAUUGUGUGUACCUAUCUACUAAAUGUUUAAAAAAUAAUAUUAUCUGUGAUUCUUUACUGUAAAGCUAUUUGUAAGAUAAAUUAUUCAAGAAUAAAUCAAACAACGGUA